CUGUCCGCCUCGUCCUCCGCGCCGGGACUGCCCGCGACCUCCCCCGAGCCCUUGCAGCCCCGGGCCAACCUCACCAACCAGUUCGUGCAGCCGUCCUGGCGAAUCGCGCUCUGGUCCCUCGCCUACAGCGUGGUGGUGGCCGUGGCGGUCUUCGGGAAUCUCAUCGUCAUCUGGAUCAUCCUGGCCCACAAGCGCAUGAGGACCGUCACCAACUACUUCCUCGUGAACCUGGCUUUCUCCGACGCCUCCAUGGCCGCCUUCAACACCUUGGUCAACUUCAUCUACGCGCUUCACAGUGAGUGGUACUUCGGAGCCAACUACUGUCGCUUCCAGAAUUUCUUUCCCAUCACGGCGGUGUUCGCCAGCAUCUACUCUAUGACAGCCAUUGCGGUGGACAGGUAUAUGGCCAUUAUUGAUCCCUUGAAACCCAGACUGUCUGCCACAGCAACCAAGAUUGUCAUUGGCAGCAUUUGGAUUCUAGCAUUUCUACUAGCCUUUCCUCAGUGUCUUUACUCCAAAACCAAAGUCAUGCCGGGCCGUACUCUUUGCUAUGUGCAAUGGCCAGAAGGUUCCAAACAACAUUUCACGUACCAUAUUAUUGUCAUUAUAUUGGUGUACUGUUUCCCAUUGCUUGUCAUGGGCAUCACAUACACCAUUGUUGGAAUCACUCUCUGGGGAGGAGAGAUCCCGGGAGACACCUGUGACAAGUAUCAUGAGCAGCUAAAGGCUAAAAGAAAGGUUGUAAAAAUGAUGAUUAUUGUUGUGGUGACAUUUGCCAUCUGCUGGCUGCCCUAUCAUAUUUACUUCAUCCUCACUGCAAUCUAUCAACAACUAAAUCGGUGGAAAUACAUCCAGCAGGUCUACCUGGCGAGCUUUUGGCUGGCCAUGAGCUCGACCAUGUACAAUCCCAUCAUCUACUGUUGUCUGAAUAAAAGGUUUCGAGCUGGCUUCAAGAGAGCCUUUCGCUGGUGUCCUUUCAUCGAGGUGUCUAGCUAUGAUGAGCUGGAGCUCAAGGCCACCAGGUUCCACCCCACCAGGCAAAGCAGCCUGUACACGGUGACAAGGAUGGAGUCCGUGUCAGUGGUGUUUGACCCCAGCGACUCCGUCAAUGCCAAAUCCAGCCAGAAGAAGAGAGCAACACCAAGAGACCCAAGCUCCAAUAGCUGCUCCCGCAGGAAUUCCAAGUCCGCCUCCACCACCUCCAGUUUCAUAAGCUCACCCUAUACCUCUGUGGACGAGUGUCCCUAAAUCCAUUCCCUGAGGUGAGGGGGUGAGGCCACCGUGGUGGCAGCCU